AUGCCCAACACCAUUCCUCUAGGACACCAAACCCUCCACAUCCCAGUUGUGCAUACAUUACACAAGCAAAGGCAGAUGCUGUCACCUCAGCAGACCAUCCACUGCUACUUCUGGGGUUGGGUGAUCAUCAUCAGUCUCCUGCUGCUCACUCAUUCAGCCCUGAUUGUCUUGUGGGCUAGUGGAACUUUGAAGCACUUCAGGUUCCCUGUGGAUCAAGUAAACUCAGUGCAGAAAAUCAUUGCCAUUUCCACCCAGGUUUGGAAUUUUAUUGUUUCAGCUGCAUUAACACUUGUCAUACAAGGAAUAAUGUUUGAUAUAAUCAUUCGUCGUGAGCAAACACUUGCAUCACUACACAACUCUCUUGGAGCUUGGCAAAGCUUCUUUGGAUCUAUUUCUGCAUUGUGGCAUGCUCGACAUCUGGAUAAUGUGCUCUGCAUCCGGCUUUUACUUGCAGCAUUAUUCUAUGCUUCAGCUUCAUUCCUCCAAGUCACAACAAACUCUGCAAUAUCUGUUGCAGUCACAGCUGCUGGAGAUCCUAUAACUUUGAAUGUAUCACAAGCAAUUGGAAAUCUCAGCCAUGUAAUUAUGGCCACAGAUAUGGCUGCUGUGUCAGUGACAGUGGAGUUACUAUGGAGAGAGAAAGAUGACCAAAUUGGUUUCCCCCGUGGCAUCAAUGGAUCAGUCUUCUUCUCCAUCCUGGAGGAUACCACUUCUGAUGUUGUGUACCAAGAUCAGUUUGCCCAACAAUUGAAUGUUAAAUGUGCAUCUCUCCCAAAUGCACACAUGUCUAUUUCCCUGGACUUCUCAAGUUUCAGUGCCACCUACAUGCAAGAUUCAAAAAAGAUCCUAUCAUCAGGAAAUAGGGAGCUCUUUGAUGGCCAUGAUUUCCAGUUUGGUGGGGAGCGCAAUGAAACAGAACCACCUAUCCUAAGAUUUGAUGACCAAUUGCUGUUUGCAGAUGACACUUUCGUUGACUAUCCCAGCCCAAUUGCUCUUUAUGGUGUUACCACUUUCCUCUAUUUGAGCAUCAAUCCACAUGCUCUCACCAUAAUUGUUGAUGAUCAUGGCAAUGCCACACAACGAAUCCUUCCACCCAUUAGAAAGAGGCUCAAUACAUUGGUGUGGACUCCAUCCAAAGGUGAAUCAGAACGAAAGAGCAGGGCCUUCCUUGAGCCAAUUGAUGUUACAUUCUAUGGGUGGCCCUUUUCUUGUACCCUCUACAGGGACCAUACCGAAGCCAAUGUCACAGGAAAUAAUACCCUAUUGUGGUAUCGUGAUGUUACUCAUCGAAUCUCUGCUAGUUCACUCCCUUAUGCCCGGCCAAUACCAACUGAUCCUUUGGAAGCUGGAUGGGUCUCUCUCAUAGCAAGCCUCUAUCAAACUACACAGUCAAGGAAUAAUCCAUCAGCUAGUGACUGGUUCACUGACACAUUACUCAAAAGCAUCAAUACUGCAAAUCCCAACAAGGAUUUCAGCCAAUUUGAGGAAACCCUUAGCCAGCUGGCAGCACUAAUGUACUUGGUUUCUGCACAAUACAAUCACCUUGACCUUUAUUAUACAGAUACAGAGGGUAAAAUACAGUCACCAUGGAGCCCAACAUAUGCCAAAAUCAGUGGUACUCAAAGAUCCAUUUUUGCCCAUCUAGAGUUCAAUGCCAUCCAAAUCCUUCUUGGAAUGAUUGCAGUGAUUGCUAUAGCCUCCUCAUCAGCACUUUCUAUGGGUUGCACUUUUCCCACUGCAGGUCAGGCCAUUCAUAAUGGAGGACUCAUUGAUUUAUCAUCACUUUUACAUCAAUCUUCUCUUCCUGAAUGGAUUUCUCAACAUUCAAGUACAUCUGAUGGUGUGAGAAAGAAAGCAGAAAAGACAAGAGUCAGGCUCAAAGGACUAACCCUGGAUGUGUCUAAGCCCUCCAGCUACCUUGGAGGUGAGCAAGGGCCCACUGAUGGCCUUUCACAACAAGAGAUCUGCCACCAAGGCCUGGUUUUGACUGCAUCUGGGGACUGGGAUGAGCCUUUUGGCACAAGCAUAACAAUGAAAACUCCAGAUCAGAUGUCCAGUUCUGCCACCCUACUCCGUGUUGCUGCAUGCACAGCAUUACUCUUCCUCAUCAGCUAUCAUGUCUUCACAUUUACAAUCUGGGCUUCAGGGACCCUCCAAAGUACCAACUAUUCAAUUGAUCAGUUGGCACUGAUAUCCCAACUUCAGGCUGGAACCACACGAGCAGUGGCCAUGGUUGUCCUUGGUACACUGACAGUUGCAAGUGCAUCACUUGCAAGUGAUCAUUUACUCCACCAAUCCAAUACCUUUGUUGGGCUGAAUGAUGGAUUGUGGGCCUGGAGGGGCCUAGGGGCCUCUGUGAUGAGCCUCUGGCACAGUAAAAGUUCUGGAAGUAAUCAAAUACUCCAAGUUAUGCUGGUCAUGGUCUUGUAUGCAUCUGUGGCUACUCUCCAUCUUGUUAGCACAUCAACUCUCACUUUUGAUGCAGUCUUUGAGGCUGAACCAGUGUCUCCAAUAAACAUGAUUCGUAUCCCAGGAGAUCUCAUUAAUAUUGGUUUUGUGGACAACCGGGAGGGGUUUCCUUAUGUGCCAUGGCAGCCUGACUAUAGAAUAGAGCUGGCUGUAACCUCCUCAAGCUUACCAUACUUCUGGACCUAUCUGGGUAGUGGUUCAAUUAAAAUGCCAGGUAGUCUAAAUGGAAGCAUUAUACACAGCAUUCCUGUGGCAAAAGUUGAUCCAGCCAUAGUGCUAACUGACCUUCAUGCUACUCAACUGGUGGUGCAGUGUGGUGUGACAGCUCAGCAGCCUAGUGACAAAUGGAAGGUCACUUACACCCCUCUCUCGGAACCUUAUGAAGGGGAGUUGAGCAUUGAAACUACUUUGUCAUAUUUCCCAUAUGAGAGUUCCACAGUCAAUAUGACCUAUAGCAGAGGGAUCCCAGCUCAGGAUAUUGGAUUGAGAGUUUUUGAUUGGAAACCAUCAAGCAGGGCACCUGCUUAUGCUCACUUCAAUGACUUUGUCAUGAUGGGUCAACAUGGUGCUUCUGGACUCAAUUCUGGAACAAUCGCUUUCAUGUAUGUUUCAGCACACAAUCAAUUACUGGGGAAGAAUUCAUCCAGACUUGUGUUCCCUUCCCACACCCACAUGGAGAAUUAUUCAGCAUUUAACUGGCCAUCCAAUGAUACCAUGAGUACACACAGAUUCAAAGGGAAUGUCACAUUGACACUCUAUCUUUACCAUUUUUCCAGUUCUCUUUACACCCUCCCUGUUGUAGCAAAGGUUGGAGGAAAUGGGCAGCUUUUAUCCACAAAUGAACCAAAGCAUCCCCCAACUCCUAUGACCCCAUUUCUUCGCACUCCCCCAAUGAGUGCAAUGGAAAGGAGUUUUAUGAACCUUACAGACUCAAUUAUUGACUUACAAGGCCCUGACAAUCGUGUAUUCAUUCCCCUGGCAACCCAAAUCCUCACCACAUUGGUUUCUGGAUCAGGAAUUGAAGCAGUCGAGGAUUUUCUUGGAUGCUCAACAGCCUUAGCAUAUUCAUUACUGGCACAAACCUUUCACACAUCAGCCUUGCUUGCUGGGAACACAUCUGUACUUCCAUAUUGGGAACCAAUAUACAACCUGGCUGAUGGUGUCCAGCAAGUGCUAAGUGCAAAGCUUCAUGUAAAUGGGCUUCAUCUGCUCAUAUCAAGCAUCUGUGUAACCUUGGUCAUAAUUUGUGUCACCUCCUCUGCCUUAUUUGUCCAUCGCCAUCAUGGGCCAAUGCAUGAUGGGGGGGUAAUUGAUAUAAUCACCUUGAUGCAAGGAUCCCAAAUCCCACAGUCAAUUGCUAGUCAGGCAUGGGUUGAUUCCCAUGGGACAGACUUGCGGCGAUGCAGAGCAGCAAAUUUACCAGUCUUACUACAUGAUGGAUGCCUGGAUGUGGGCAAUCUUAUUUCCAGCAAUCUCUCAUCCUCUGAAACCCCUCCCAUUGUGCACCAUGUAGAAUAA